CGAACCGGUCACGGCGCUGUGACUUUGAACAGUAUUCACGAUGAUCCACGAUCUUAACCUUUGCGAGCUAUUGUUGCGCAACGUUUCGAAAUCAUGCCGAAACUGAACAAGCUUCUAGUAACGUCAAUCAUCGCGGAUAUCAGGGAGUGUGUACAUGUCUCGAACGAGAUAUAUUCCUGGCUUGGCGAUAUCGAACAUCUGUCAUGGAAAUUCCCGACGAAAACCGCGAAGGACAUAAAUGCCAUGGAAAUUGUGAAGGAGCACGACGGAACCGCAGGGGAAUUCUAUAUUCUUCUUCUGGAGUUAGCUUACGACAGGUUGUUUUACACUUUUUUCCCAUUCUAUUUCCUUCUUCGGUCGUACUUUGUUGUGUAUUUGCAUAAAUUCGUCCACCACACGAACAAACUGACGAUACGCGACGAUUAAAAAAAUCUUUCCCCUUUGCUGUCUUUUCGCGAAGGAGUUACCCGAUGAAAGGCGAAUUUCGCCAAAGUUUUAUCGGUACUGAUUCACACGAUUCAAUUAGGCGUGCAAAUGUUUCGUAAUCGUGGUACAGUCAAAAGAAACGAACUGCUUUUCGGGCGAAAUGCAACGGAACGUUCGGUGCACUUGGUUGCCUCGUGAAGCCAUUUCCAAUUGAACAACUCAUUACUCGUGUUUUAACGUCCAAGGCUAUUCCGAAGUUAGGGUGAUUUACGUUCUCUGAAUAUUUCUUUUCUUUCCUUUUUUUUUUUUUUUUUUGUAUCGACGAAAUCCUUUCGUUGUGUUUAAGAUAGCAUAUUUUACGUAAAGUGUUUUAACGAGCCGAAGAUAUCAAGCGAGACAUGAAAUGACUUUUAAACGUAAUCAUUUUCACCACAUCAUUUAUCCAAAAUUAUUCCAUUUGAAUCGUUAAAUUAUUAUUAGCUAAAGAGAAACCUUGGUUCCAGAAUCCAUUUUGUUCUACGCUUGAUCGUGGAAUUCAUGGACAAAUUUCCGUUCGUGGAAAACUUUUUCAAAGAAGUGACCUGCGUCAGUCGAUCGAAUCAAAUUUCGUUAGCCAGUUUAUUGCGACUUGUCUGGAAUCGGUUGAAGACAAUACCUGACUCGAUAUCUCGUCAUAUGGUUAGUCGAAUAAAUGCUAAAACACAGAUUCUUCGUGAAAAACAAAGGACAGUUCCAUUGAACGAAUCAAAUUUCAUAGUAACAAUGUUUUCCACUUUUCCUGGCGAAAUAUUCAAGUUUGUUACUAUUCUCUCGAUCGAGGAUUUACAUUUUUCAGAGAUAAAAAGUUAUUCACUUUCCAAUCGCUUUUAGACGAAAUAUUAUAUUUUAACAAAUGUUCAUAGACAAUUAGGCGCUUUAUCCUUAAUAAACUUUCUGCCGUACAAAUGGUUCGUUCUUUAAAACGAUCGAGAAUACGAGAGUGGAAAAAAGGGAUUCGCGUAUCAAAGAGAGAUUCGAAUAUUUUAAACACAAAGUGAAUCUAUUAACGAAAAAAAUUAAUCCGAUGAAAUUAUCUUGAGUCUGCGAUAGACUUUAAGCGCAAAGUUAGGUUAAUUACAAAACGACUACAUUUUAGAUAGUAAACGACUAUUUCUUAUCUCAAAAAUUUCUUUCCAAACGUUUUUCCUGUUCGACGCUUUACAAAUGUAAAGUCGCUCGUUUAAAAACAAUUCCUACAAAGGAUCUAUUGAGUUAAUUAAUUAAUUUCGAGAAACGUUGAGUUACAAGAAUCAGAUACCUUUCAUAUCUUUUAACACCAAACGUGAAAGCGCUUUUAACUUUUUAAUUGUUAUACGUGUGUGAAUAUAAUAAAGGAAUGUGAAAUAGUCGGACAAAGAGUAGAAAGGUGAAACGAAAAAAGAAGAAGAAAUUAAAACAUAAAGGGUGAAAGUAGCAAUGAGAAAGAGAAAUGUAACGAAUAAAGGGGAGAAUAAGAGUGGAAGGAAGAGACGUGCACGUUUCUCAAAUCGCGUAUACGAUGGAGAUCGUAAAAAUUUCCUUACCAUUCCAUCGGAGGAAGUUGCCGAAAAAUAGCAGCAUGUCAACAGGUGAAAAAUAGCAAGGAUGAAGCGCGGGAUUCCUUCACGAGCAAAGUAUCCCAGAGUUCUCAAGCAAGCAGCAGCGUGAAUUAUUGUGAGAGUUGUACGCUAGCUGGAACGGCUAUUCUUCAGGCGAUAAAUGCGAUCGAGCGUGUAUUCAUAGAAAACAAAUUAAUUUCUGUCGCCACUAUGGAAAGAGACGAAUGCAGGAACGACAUUUACGAGAAGACUCAAUGGGCCGUGAUGAGCAGGCUGACGAAGGGAAUAGAAACAGACGUCGAAACGGCGCUGACUAUGGUGAAGAAGAGCAAUUUGAGAAUACAGGACGCCAGACGAGAUCACGACCAGACGAUUCGAGAGCUACGGACCAGUUUGACGAUGCAAGAAAAACGAACGGACGCAUUGCAGGCUGAAAACUCGGAGUUGAAGGCUCAACUAGAAAACGGCAGGUUUCCUAGCUAGAUACUCCGUUUACUGAUCGUCAUCAACCCCCAGACGAUGGCUUUUCCCGAUUCUUCCUUUUCUCUUUUUCCUCGUUUCUUUCGUUCGUUUCUAUAAAGUCGUCUUGUUCUUUCCUUUUAAUAGGUUCCGAGUGGAAAUCGAGCACGAUGUAUCGGAAGUCGUUUUAUCGAUUAAAUUCUAAAUAGCUCUGAGACUUGGUCGAUGUGAUACGGUUGUCGGGUAUCGCAGCUUCCAGCGAAGCAAAUCGAUAGGCGGCAUUGAUUUGCUCGGAAUGUAUGUAAUACGUAUGGGAGUGAUCGUGGUCGAUUACCCCACGGGAAAUUCGAUCGAGGAAUUUUUCUGCCGUGCCACCGCAGCCAGGCGGAUACGGUUCAGUAAUCGAUCGAGAACGAUUUAUGAAUGUCCGGUGAAUAGCAGACGAUAGGAACGCGAGAUCUGUUGCUCGUUUGUAAAGCGAGAGUACGGAAUAGAAAACGUUAUGAGACGCUUAAAGCUCUAAAGAGAAAAAAAAUAUCAUCAAUGGACGGUGUAGUAAUUAAUCCAUAAUCAUGGUAGGAAUAAAUAAAAUAAAUUUUAUUUCCAUGGAAGCAAAAAAAUGAUAAACGAAGAACGUUAGAAUGGAAUACGCAAAGCGAAGAAUUGUAUUAUUUGAAGUCAAAGGGACAUCAGAUAUGUUUUGUUAGACUGUGAUAAAAGAAAAUUUACAUCGAGGAUUACCUUUUUCUUCUUUCUAAUUGUAGGUGGUUUUAUUACUUUUAGAAACCAGAUAAUAUGAUUGCGUUGUAAUGUAAUGAAAAGUUAAGCUCCUUUAUCGAGGUUCUUUAAUACCGAAGUCAUCUGCUAUUUAUCACUGCAGCUUUCAUUUCGAAGAAAUACUAACAGAUAUUAUAAGAACUCGAGAAUAUUUUGAUAAACACAAACUGCCCCUAUCUUACCUAUCGAACAACUGAUUACUGCUAAUGACCUACUCUAUACGAUACUAAUUAGCAUUAAACCCAGCGAGGUGACCUAUUUACUCGAACAUUGAUUUACAGCGAAAGAAGAGCGCGAAAGGGAAAUACGGCGUACUGCAGCUUUGAAGGGACAAAGCGAGACGUUGAAAGAAACCCUGGAGGAUAUUCGCAGACAGAUGUCGAUGCUGGCCGGCGAAUAUAACAUUUUGCAAAGUCAGGCGGUUACGCUGGCCGAGAGCAAAUUGGAGCUGGAGAAGACCGUGAUCGGACUCCGAAAGGAAAUCGUCGACACCCGUGAUGCGUAUCUCGAGACAGAACGAGGUUCCCGAGUACUUUUAGACGAAUCGAGAAAGGAGAACGAAUCGUUGAAGGAAGAGUACAAGGAAACGGCCGAGAAACUUCAGCAAGAAAUCGCAUCUUUACGUUUGAUGGUCUCAAUUAAGAAAGAUAACGAGAGUGCCAAAGACGUCAGCGACAGUGAUACGGAUAAAACGAUUCAAGAAGAGACCAUUUUGAAGCCUGAAGAUGAUCCUGUGUUGGACAUGACGCAGCAACUGAUCUCGAAUCGCGAAAAGAUCGAGAUACUGUCACGGCAAAACGAUCGGCUGUCGAAAACACUGUGUCGAUUACGGCAAUAUCAAAGCGGUAGAGUAUCAAACGUAAAAAAUAAAACGCAAUAUUCAGAUACUGAAUUAUCACAAAAUGAAUAUUUUGUAGACAGACUGAAAUAA